AUGGAGACAACCGGUAUGAAAGUAGCACGCGAGAUCUUCAUCGAAAAGCGAAACGUCCUCGUCACCAAGCUCGAAGUAUUAUCCCGCCAAUUGGAAGACAAGAACGGUACUGCAAUCGCAAGAGAACUAUACCGUUUGAGCAAAGAACUAGAGGAUUGCUCCUCUGCUGGACAAGAUCUCGAAGAACUGUGCGACUGCAUCCAUGGAAAAUGCUGCAACCUCGCAGCCAUCAUGCAAGAGAUCGCUGAGCAGAUCAAUUUCGACAAGACUGAGUUUGACGAGAAUGAUUUUCACCAAGCCAAUUUUUCUUCCUCGCUCAAGAAAAUAUAUGCGAUGUUCGCUAUGCAUGUUGGACGAUUGACUCUGGAUAAUCAUCGCAUGGUGGAUGGUUACGCAUUGCACUUCGUGCAGAAAGUCAACGAAGAGGAUUCCAAAUGGGCACAUCAAGCCCAGCGCAAUCCGAAACUUUAUGAACCUUUGGAUGCGUAUGAAUCGAGUUCAGGAACCUGGUCCUUGGUGUAG